GCCGCGUCGCGGAAAAUGACGCGUUAUUGUGAUGUGACGUUAUUACACAGCGACUCAUGAGACGUCAGAUGCCCGAGCUUGAACACUGGGCAGGGGAUGGACUUCACAGAGUGCUACGGAGACACAGUUUCCAGUGUUGCUGCUGCAGCUCGUUCAGGCUGUAGGACGCGGGUGAGGAGGCUAAUAAAGAGAGGCUGCAGUGUGGACUGUCGGGAUAACCGUGGCUGGAACGCCCUGCAUGAAGCGGCAGCAGCUGGCAGUGCAGACUGUGUGCAGGAAAUUCUGUCUGCCGCCAGCGCAGGCUCCUCCCGUCGUUGCCAUGCAUAUGUGAAUUCUUUGACGCAUGAGGGAGAAUCUCCAUGUUACCUGGCAGCACAGCGUGGACACCGGGCAGUGGUCCGACUCCUCCUGAAAGCUCAUGCCAACAUCAACCAGCUAACUAAUGACUUGUCCUGUCCUCUGUAUGCAGCUGUAGACGGCGGGCACAAGGAGGUGGUGGAACUGCUGGUUGGUAAAGGCGCGGAGGUCAACAGAACACACACUGCGUCCUGCUGGACCUGCCUUCAUCAAGCUGUUUAUAAGGGUCACAGUGAAAUUGUGCGCAUACUGGUUGAUGUAUGCAACCUGGAGGCACUAGAUGACCAUGGGAUCUCCCCCCUCUUUGUGGCUGCACAGUAUGGACAGCAGGAAUGCCUGGAAAUCCUUGUUAAUGCUGGUGCCAAUGUGAACAUCCAGGCAGCUGAUUUGGCCACACCACUGCUGAUUGCCUCUCAAGAGGGCCACCAGGCGUGUGUGGAUUUCUUGUUGGACCAUGGGGCAGAUCCUAACACAGCCUGCAGUCAUGACUGGCCCCAACUUCCCAUUCAUGCUGCUGCUGAAUUCGGCCACAUUGGUGUCCUCAGGAGGCUGAUAGCUGCUACGGAUCGUAUGUGUGACUGUGGUGAUGGCAUGGUAAGUCCAUUGUAUGCGGCCAUCAACAGACAUCAGAGCAAGAGUGUCGAGCUGCUCUUGAGAGAAGGUUAUAGCCCAGAUGGCCAAGACUGCACACACACCCUGGGCCUCCGCUCACCGCUCUCCUUUGCCUUGUGUCAUACAUCCAGCAGAGCAGACAGUGAAUCUGUGAGGUUGCUGGUAGCUGCAGGAGCACGUUUAACCGAGGAGGACUGGAUUUAUGCCUUAGCCACUGAUAAAACAGACCUGCUGCAGCUGAUACUUGAGCACAGAUGGAUCCCUCGACCAGAGACUUUGAUUAGGGACUGUUCUGUUAAACAUCAUCAUGGGAAAACUGUGUUACAACUGCAGGAACUGAGGGAGCUGCUCUGUGUGGCACUAAACCAAAUACAUUUUGCUGCCUGCUGGCUUCCUCUGCUUCUGAAGGCAGGAUUGGAACCUUCUCUGCUGCUUCAGCUCCACAUGUUGGAACAGGCAGACAGUGAUGUGCUGAAUUACCUGCUAGAGUUUGUAAACUGGUCAACUCUGUCUACCCCUUUAAAACAUGCCCUGGAUAGAAGGCGAGUGGAGAGGACCUGGGAGCCAUGUCCAAAUUUUGCUUCCAUUCCCCAUCUUUCCCACAUCUGCCGACUACAAGUUAGAGCAGUGUUGGGACCAGAUCUACUGAUGAGGACCAAUGUAAUUCAGCAGCUCCCUGUGCCCUCCCUACUUCAUGACUUCCUUCAAUUCAGGGACAUCCCAGAAGCUUCUUACACUCACUCACCCCCAUCGCCACUUCUAAAUGGAAUACAGGGAGAACAGAGCACACACCAACAUAGACAUGUUCUAUAACCCUGACCAGUUUGUCCCUCUAUGUUGCUUUAAGAUUGUUAAAGUUUUAUUUCACACAGUUUGACAGCAUCACACAUCUUACUGUUUACUUUGUAUUUAUCUGUGAACUUCAUACAAAUUGCAAUAAACAGGAAAAAGCUAAAUUGAAUUAAUA